AAUACUGACAAAGAGUGUGGACGAUAAGUAAACAGCUGAUAAGAAGCAUUAUCGAAAAAGGAGUAUAAAAACUCAUAUAAUAAUAAUGCUACCACAUUAAUUAAAGGCUUCAGAGCUUCGAAAUGAAGUUUCUAAUCGUUUUGAUUUUUGCGGGCAUUGCCCUUGCAUCUGCUGUUCCUUUACAGCCACACUCUUAUGAGUUGGAAAGUCGUGUAGAAGAGUUUGCAUCAGAGGAUCUUUUCGAAGCUGAAACUGAAAGCACUUUAGAUGAAGUAAAAGAACAGCUGAGAGAACGAGUGAGGCAAAUUCUGAAGAAAAUUAAAGAAGUCAUUGAAACUGGAAAGCUUUUCCAGAAGGAAACUCUCCAAAAAUUAAAAGAGCUUAAUGAAAAACUUAGGAAAGAGCUGGGUGAAGAGGGUUUCAAGAAGUUGAGAGAUAGGACUGGUGAUUUAUUACGAAAACUUUUGGAAAACUUUGGUUUUCAUAAAAGAGCUGCCGUCGAACAUGCAGAAGACAUCAUGGCUGAAGCCCAGCAUGCUGACUUAUCUGAUAUCCUUAAAAUGAAGGAAGUUUUAGAAGAACUCCUUAAAAAAGCAAAAGAUGCCUUUGACAAUGGAAGCACGGUUACAGAAUACUUGGAGAGAAUCCAACAAAUUCGCGAUGCUUUGAAACUUUUGAACAUCGAUUUAGGAGAGAAGGCAAAGGAAUAUCUCCAGGUUUUGAAAGAAAAAGUAAAAGAUUAUUGGAACAAAUUGAAGGAAAAGCUCACUUCUAAAAGAUCUGCUGAUAUUGAUAUUUUUGGAAUGUUUGAGGAGCUCAAGAAACAGAUCAGAGAGAAAUUUGAUUUGAACAAAAUCAAAGAGUACAUCGAGAAAGUUUUCGGUAAAGGAAGUGAGAUUAGAGAAACUCUUCUAACUUGGUUGAAAGACAAAGGAGGCAAGCAGAAAAUCUUGGAUUUCAUCGAUCGAAUUUUAGGUGAGAAAGAGGCACAAAAUUCGAUUAGUGACUACUUCCACAAAGUGAAGGAAUAUUUCAACAAAUUGAACAUAGAGUUGCAUGAAAAGUAUGCUGAGUUUGGAAAGUGGGUGAAAGAGCAAUACGAGGAUGUUUUGGAAAAAGGGAAAGACAAAUCUGAAAGCCUGAAAUUGAUUGCUCGUGAGUUUUUGCAUGACUCUCGAAUGCUGACCAAGCACAUGGCAGUAGAAGCUAAGUUUUUCUUCACGGAGUACAAAAAUGAGAUAGGAGACAUGUUUGGGGAUGUAAUGAAGAAAAUUGAAGAAGUUUUGAAAAACUGAUUUCUUUUAAUAAAGCAAAACAUUUUAAUAAAAUAAAUUCUAAAUUGAA